AUGGACUACGAUGCUGCUUAUCUCCAGAUCCACGGCAAAACUUUAGCUGAAGAGCCAACAGAAGAGAAGGGUAAAUUUAAUUUGGUUGAUUUUACUCUUUUUAGAAAUUCACAAUACGAAAUCAAAAACGAACCAUUGUGUCUCCCUGAAGCCGAGUAGUUCCUUCAAACUCAUCAACAUUGACCUCAAUUACCAGUCGCCAAAGAAGGUACCUCGACCAUCUACAUCUGAUGUUGUGAACGCCAUAGGAGAAUCUCCAUGCCGUUCAUCCAGAAAUAAGAUAACUGACUCCGUUAAGAAACGUUUGAACGUGUUUUUGGAACCAAACACACCAGGUAACGUGAACUUUUAUUUAAUAUCCAGUUAAAAAUGAAGAGAUAACAACAUUAGCAUAUAUUGUUACAAGAUAGUUACUUUAGAAUUUUGGAAACGAGACUUAACAAAAGACGAAGACGUAGAAACUGAAGAGGUGGAGAUCGAGACUUCCGAGUUUGUGUUAAAGAAACAAGGUGGAACUCGGAAGCGACAUGAAAACAAGGAAAACUUCGUCAAGAUCAACAUGAAGUGCAAGAAGUAUAUAAGCAAGAAGAAGACCAACAAUAAGAAGUUGUUUAAACGAAAGUUCUCGCGUGUCUGA